ACAACGCCCUCCAGUGUUAAAAUCUUAACAGUUGGUAAGAUUAUGAAACCGGAUUAAGGAAGAAAAGAAACAAAUAUGUCAAAAUUGUUUUAAAAUAUGAAAAAGCUGAUAUGUAAAAUAAUAACAUUACAAUCUACACUUUCAGUGUCCUUUAUUUGAUGACCUAAAAAUUAUUUCAGCUCGACAGGUGCCCGGAGGCCGCCAUCUUGUUUUCGCAGUGACCAGGAAGAAAAUAACAAACACUUAAAAUAUAUCAGUGUUUUAUUCAUUUUUGAUCAUCUCCAAAAUGGUAUUAGCUCCAACACCGAUUUACAGGCCUUCUAAACCAAUAAAGGUGUGAAUUAUGGAGACGACGGCUGUGGAGCCCGGUCCAGGACAGCAUCUGAAUGACCUGCAGAACUACCUGGUUCAUUUUGGUAAGGAAAUCGAGACGGCAACUCAACCCACAAGUGAUCAACUUCAGGACAUAACCCUGUUGCAUCCCGCCAGCCAACAUGUUGCAGAUGCGGAAAGCAGCACAACAUCCAUUACUGAACUACCAACAUCGAAACCAGAACAGGCGGGAGGCUCGCAGUUCAGUUCUGGUUUCUAUACGGAGCAGCCAGUCAUGGCGGCGUCCCUGGGAGCAUCUGUUCAGGAGCUGUCAGGAAUGACGCCUUCAAUUUCGGCAGCCGGAGCCCAAAACAUUGGCAGCAACACCACCAUAAACACUGAGCCAGACCAGAGCGAGAGUGAGUCGAAACAGCAGGAGGAAUCGGCCGAUGCUCUGGAGAACUACCACGACUAUAUUGCCAGUCUGACGGGAGAGAAGAUGGACGGUGAAGAACUGACGGUGGAGCCGGUGACCCUUGCUCAAGAGCUUGCAGUCAAUUCGAUGAUGGAAGGCCUCGUAGCCCAGACGUCUGCCGGCAAGAUGAUAAGGAUCGUUUCCGUGGGCAACGACGGGACGAUGCAGCUGGUCGGAGAGGAAAUGCCAGCUGGGAUGAGCAUCGCAAACUUGCAACUCAAGCAGGAGCCGCACAGUGAACUGGACGACAUAGGUGGUGUUGGCACUAAGCACUCCGGUGUUAUUGAUGGCACGGACCCUGUUGCCGUCCUGGCCUCCGUGGCCACAAACACGUCGAGUGUGAACCAGAUCCAAAAUGUGUGUAGGGGAGACGUGAACGAUGCUCAGCUGGUCGCCUUGCAGAAUUCGGCCGACAGCUCACAGCCUCAGCUUGUGGCUGUGCAGGGAGCGUCGGGCGAAACCAUGCAGGUCAUUGGUGGAUCGGAGGCUCUCUCGGGACAAGGGAACCAGAUGAUGCUCAAUUCCUUUCAGACGGUGACUAUCGUUCCAUCGGAGGUGAACCAGGAAUCGGGUGUUGUGAGCUACGUUCUCAUUGUUUCGCCAGACGGCGACAAAGAAGGCAGCGAAAAACACAUAUCAUUGGACAUGGCUGGGUACGAUCUGAAGGACGAAGCGUUGAGGGAAGUUACCGAGGAGAUCAUCCAGGAGGACGGGACGAUGCACCGAGUCCUGAAAAUUACUCCGCAGAACUUCUUCCCAGGCUCCCAGACCCAGCUGGUGUGCAACAUCUGCAACUACACUAGCCCCAAACGGUACCUGUUGUCGCGACACAUGAAAACUCAUUCCGAAGACCGCCCGUACAAGUGUAAUAUUUGCGAGCGGGGAUUCAAGACCCUGGCCUCUCUAACGAAUCACGUGAACACACACACGGGCACGAGACCACACAAGUGUAAAGAUUGUGAAUCGUCGUUCACCACAUCCGGGGAACUCGUGCGGCAUGUUCGGUAUCGUCAUACGUUUGAAAAACCUCACAAGUGUCCCGAAUGCGACUACGCUUCUGUAGAGCUGAGCAAACUUAAACGACAUAUCAGAAUGCACACGGGUGAGCGUCCGUACCAGUGUCAGCUGUGUAGCUACGCCAGCCCUGACACGUAUAAACUGAAACGACAUUUACGAAUACACACUGGUGAGAAGCCAUACGAAUGUGACCUUUGCCAUGCCAGAUUCACUCAGAGUAACAGCCUGAAGGCGCACAAACUGAUUCAUUCCGGCGACAAGCCUAUUUUCCAGUGCGAGCUUUGUCCGACUACAUGCGGCAGGAAAACCGAUUUAAAGAUACACUAUCAGAAACUGCACACCAGUGAACACCCACUCUUGUGUCGGAAGUGUGGCCAGAACUUCCCCGACCGCUAUACGUAUAAACUGCAUAUAAAACAGCAUGAAGGCGAGAAGUGCUUCAAGUGCGAAGAAUGUGAUUACGCGGCUCUCUCUCAGCGCCAUCUAGAAAGUCACAUGUUGGUGCAUUCGGGAGAAAAACCGUUUGAAUGCAACGGCUGUGAUCAGACUUUCCGACAGAAACAGCUGUUACGUCGACACCAAAAUCUUCACCACACUCCAGGAUAUAUUAAACCGGCUUCCAAGUCUAAGUGCUUCAAAUGCUCUGAUUGUGACAAGACCUUUGCUCACCGCGGAUAUUUAGUCGGCCACAUGGAAUCUCACGGAAAGCAUAUGUCGUUUUCGGAGUCUGAAGAAGAAACUGAUGUGAACGAUUUGCCGACGAUUUCAGCUCAGCACGUCCUCGAGAGUAACCUGAUGCAGGAAUGGCGGGACGGCAAGCUGGGGAACUCGCCGCAAGUCGUUAUUGUUCAUCCAGACGGCAGGGUGGAGGAAGUCACUCCCAAGCUGCAGGCUCCGCCUGACCGGACAGUUGAUGACUUACUGGAGGCAAUAAGUGCUCAUACAAGUGGAACUCAGGGAUCCGAGGAAGGCACAAAACAGAUGAUGGAGGGGACAAAACUCCGGAAAUCAGACAAGGCGCAGCAAAAGGGACUGGACGAAAAUGAUGGGUCGGAGAAGGGUGAAAAUAGGGAAUCAGGGGCAAUUAGAAGGCAGGGAUCCCAGGAGAUUGUGUCGGAAGGUGUCGAUGAAGGUCAGUCAGCUGAGGUUAGUCGGUCAAACCAGGAACAAGUUUGCCAUCAGAAACAGACACAGACUGGGUGUACUGCUGGUGGAGAGACGGCGACGAAAGGAACAGAACAAUGUCAGAUGAAAGAGGCUGGUACUCAGGCUACAAUAGACUCGGAUUCUGAAGAGGACACCUUCAAGCCAAUGAUCGUUUCUUAUCGAACCAUCACCAGUUUUGAGAAAAAAGCAAAAGCUGUGAAUGUGGACAAAAAUGUAAACAUAAAUGAUAGACGUCGAUUGGCAGUUAAACCUACAGAUGGCAAAGAAAAUUUGGCCUCAACAGCAUUAGUUACUGGAAAUACCAGUACUGGGAGCUCAAGUAUUGGUAACAAAUGUGUAUCAGUUGUAUCAAGUGAUAGAUCUUUUAAAACAAACAGCAGUACACCUGGCAGCACAGCACAUAUAUUUUCUUCACAUCUUAAAGAAACCGGUACCGCCACAGCUUCAGCGGGUUCUGAGAGAGAUGCACCAAAGCCAGGAUCUUCCACUGCAGUCAUGACAAUGACACCUGUAUCCACAGAGUCUAAAAACACAUCAUCUCCGUGUGUAUAUUCCAACGUUGAAUCGGGACAAGUGAUUCAGGUUUCCAACUCUAGCUCACCGCUGUGUUCACACUCCGAUCUCACGGUACUGGAAAAUCCAGACUCAAGUGAUUACGAUCUGCAGUGUGACGAUUCGAACACUGAUUCAUCGCAGGUCCUGGAUUCAGACAGCACUGUGGCUCCAGCAGGCCAUGUUUCCAAACCCACUGUGACAGUAGGGAUCGGUUCUCAGUUAGAUUUAAAUAAGGCUGCUGUCUCAGCAUCGCUGUUAAAGCAACAUGGGACUGCAGUAGACAUCCUUAAAUCACAGUCACCUGAUAGACUCACAAGAAGCAUGAAAAGGAAAGAGAUUGAGCUGGAAGCUUCACCGGCCAAGAGAACAAGACGAGCGACCACAACUGACUCAAAGUAGUUUGUGUAUUCAUAACAAGAGGAAGACCAUGCUGGUGACAUUUACCAAGAGACAUGUAAACUGCUACACACUGGAUAUCCUAGAUGUAUAUGGUGUUCUUUAUCAAGACAUUGCAUUCUCUGUAUAUCCUAGAUUUUGUGUUAGGCCAAAAAAAAAAUUGUUUGUUUUUGGUCACCCGACCGACCCUAAAUUUUGCCACUGACACUGAACUUUUUUUUUUUCUGCUGGGGUGGGGUGGGGGGAAGCGCACAGAGAAGUUGUGGUCAAGUAGGAUAACUCUUACACGUCAGUGUGUGUGUUAAAUGGAGGUUGGGGGGGGGGGGGGGGAGCAGCGAUGCUUUUUAUACACCUCCACCCCACUUUUUGGCACCUUCUUACGCUGUGCCCUGGACCCAAUCACUGGCGUUCUUAGAGACUGGACCCAGACUAGACAUGCCUGGACGUUGAAUGGAUAUGAGCAUAACUAAUUUGUUUGAAGUUGGAAUCAUUAACACGUGCUCUUAUUAGGUACCACAGUAAUUGGUGACACGCGAGAUCGCAUGACAGUACGGUAACGUGUGUGGCGAUCAAACGUCUUUUAUUACAAACUGCUAAAUACUGUAGGCUAUAGAGGAAAAUAUAUCGUAUUAUCGUAACUCCAGUCAUCUCAUACAUUGUAGGUUUAUUUUCCAAAAACAACAAUGUGUGAUCUCAACAAAACAAUCAAGGAUUUCUCGAUACCACAUGCACAGACUACAAGUUAUAGCGCUUUUUUCCGCAUGCAAAGGUGAAGGUCAUUUGAAGAAGACGUACAAUUUUCAUUGUUGGCUACUGCUUAGGCCUAGUACCCAGAAUUUGUUAAUAUA